GUACCAGGCAAAUUGACUCUCCUGGUAGUCAGUUGUUGCAUCUAUCUAUUAGUUGGUAGGUUGUAAGUUUAUCUGGGCCAUGGCAAAGCUGAUGAUACUCACCGUUUUAGGUCUGGGACUGGCACUCUUCAGGGAUCACCGGUCUUCUUACCGAACUAGAUUUAAUGUAGACCGAGAAGUCGAACCUAAACAACUUCCUAGCUGUAAGUUUGUUGAAGGAAUAGAAGUUGGCUCUGAGGACUUGGAGAUACUUCCAAAUGGACUGGCUUUCAUUAGCUCUGGAUUGAAAUACCCUGGAAUAAAGACCUUUGACCCGGAUAGCAAUGGAAAAAUAUUUCUAAUGAACAUGAAUGAUGAAGAUCCUAAAAUUUUAGAAUUGAAGAUAACUGGAAGUACAUUUGAUUUGCCUUCAUUUAACCCUCAUGGAAUUAGCACUUACACAGAUGAAGAUAAUACCAUAUACCUGUUAGUGGUGAACCAUCCACAUUCUAAGACCACAAUAGAGGUGUUUAAAUUUCAAGAAGAAGAAAAAGCACUUUUUCAUCUGAAAACCAUCAGACACAAGCUUCUGCCUAAUGUGAAUGAUAUUGUUGCUGUGGGACCUGAGCACUUUUAUGCCACAAAUGAUCACUAUUUUGUGAACCACUACUUGAGAUCCUGGGAGUUAUAUUUGGGUUUGGCAUGGUCCUAUGUAGUUUACUAUAGUCCAGAUGAAGUAAAAGUGGUGGCAAAGGGAUUUGAUUUUGCUAAUGGAAUCAAUAUUUCACCUGAUGGCAAGUAUGUCUAUAUAGCUGAAUUGCUGGCUCAUAAGAUUCAUGUGUAUGAAAAGCAUGCUAAUUGGACUUUAACUCCAUUGAAGUCCCUGGACUUUAACACACUCGUGGAUAAUAUAUCUGUGGAUCCUGUGACCGGGGAUCUCUGGGUUGGAUGCCAUCCCAAUGGUAAAAAAGUCUUCCACUAUGACCCGGAGAAUCCUCCUGCAUCAGAGGUACUGCAAAUCCAAAAUAUUUUAACAGAAGAACCCAAAGUCACACAGAUUUAUGCAGAAAAUGGUACAAUGUUGCAAGGAAGUACAGUGGCUGCUGUGUACAAAGGAAAAUUGCUGAUUGGUACCGUGUUUCAUAAAGCUCUUUACUGUGAACUCUGACAGGGCACUCUGCACCUCUGCUAUAAAAAUUGAGAGCCAAUGUCAACAUCUAGGAGGAUGCAGUGAUCUCAAGUGAACUGUGAACACUGACCCUAAAUUUGAACAUCACAAGGGAUGAGAGUAUUGCUGAAAUGUAAACAGAUAGUUACAUAAGAAUAUCAGAUCAGUCUUAGAAAGCUUAGAAAAACCUCAUUUGCUAAUAAAAUACUGUAUUGG